UGGCUCAGCAAAGAGCGAAGGGCUGGACCGAUCUUCGCACAGGCCAUGGCGGCCUUCAUCGCCCCGGCGCGAACAUUGCGGCCAACAGCGCGGCCGAGCUGGGCCGGUGCCGCGCCGCAGGUGCGCUCGGCCAGGCUGCAUGCGGACGUGAGCACGUACCGCGCCCCUCUGGCACUCGGCGUAGCUGCAGCGCUUCUGAAAAGAAAUGUACGAGGACGGCAGCGGAUUCCAAGGCGGAGCGUCGAGACGCCCAGCUACAGCACACCCAAAGACGCCAAGGAGGCCAUGAUUUUUGCCAAGAAGCUGGCGGAGGCUUUUGCUACUGGAGAUGCCUCGCUGCCCCUCGAGGACACCAUAGGCCUUUUGAAGGACUCCAUCAAGUUCCUGCAUAGCGAGCCAACUCUGGUGCGUAUUGAGGUGCCUGCGGGGGGACAUUUGAACGUGGUGGGGGACGUGCACGGCCAGCUCUGGGACUUCCUCAGCAUCUUCGAGGAGAAUGGCUGGCCCAGCGAGGAGAACCCCUACCUCUUCAACGGGGACUUUGUAGACCGAGGGUCCUACUCAGUAGAGAUCAUGCUGGUGCUGAUCGCUUUUAAGCUGGCGCUGCCCCGGCACUUCUUCCUCUCGCGGGGCAACCACGAGGACGAGAGCAUGAAUCACAGCUACGGUUUCACCGGCGAGGUCUUGACCAAGUACGACACGGACCUGCAGGUCUUCCAGAUCUUUCAACUCCUUUUCGUGUGCCUGCCCUUGUCCCACGUGGUGAACUCGGAGGUCUUCAUCACCCACGGGGGGCUCCCCAGGGAGGAGGCCUCCCUUGAGGAGAUCGCCAGCCUGGAUCGGCUCAAGGACCCGCAAGAGAUGGACGAGAAGGAGAGUAUGCUCUUCACCGACCUUUUGUGGGCGGACCCCAACUCGGGCACAGGCCUCGGGGGCUCGCAGCGGGGCGGCAGUCUGGCCACCUUCGGGUCCGACAUCACCCAGCGCUUCCUGCAGUCGAACGACCUGAGUUUGGUGAUCCGGUCCCAUGAGUGCAAGGACAACGGCUUUGAGUGGGCGCACGACAAGCGAUGUCUCACGGUCUUCUCCGCCCCGAACUACUGCGACGAGGUAGGGAACCAGGGCGCGGUGAUCCGGCUUCGGGCUCAGGAUUCCCCAGGUAUGGACGUCGAGGUGCGGCAGUUCGGGGAAGCCAAGAAGCCCAAGAACUAUGUGGGGUGCAUGGCCUACGCCAGCAACACACCUGGGCUGAUCCGGAAAGCAAUGGAGAAGGCUCUUGGAUGAAUGUCUUCCUUCAGGCUUUGGAAUUGAAUAUACAUAUGGCUGUGGCUCAAAAACAUGUACCAGCAUGGCCCCCUUGGCAAAUGGAGCCAAAGACUAAAACCUGUAUGGCAUGUCCCAUCCAAAACAAGGCGGCCUAUUGCUUUUGCAAGAUGUGGGCGGUGGUUCUUCUUUUGAGUUGGCACGUUACCCUUGGGAUUGUUUUCAACUUUGACACCCAUUUUGAGGGGGGAGGGCCCUAUUUUGACCCACACCCACGUGCAAAGGAUGUUCUUUGACAAAGAUUAACGCAGCCAGUGGAACACGUAGUUGGAACCCACUGGCCACCCCAGCAGGCACCGAAUUCGGCGCUAAAAAACGAGUGCCAGCGCCCGGCCAACGAGUGGCUCAGCGGCCAUGCUUUGUGUUCUGGCA